AUGCUGCGCGGGGCCGCGCUGCUCCCCCGCGCCCUGGGCGGCGGCGGCGGCUGCUGCUGCGCGGCCCGAGGCUGGGCGGGCGCGGCGGGCGGCGGCUCCCACCCGCGGGCCGCCCCGGGGCUGCCUCCGGGCCGCGCCUGGCACCGGCCCGCGGCUGUGGCGGCGGUGCCGCCGGGCGCCCGAGGGCUGCGCUGGGCCGGUGAGAGGCGCGGCCGCGCUGCGUCUGUGGGGCCCCGGGACACCCGGGCGGGGGAGCGGCCGGGCCGGGCCGGGCCGGGCCGGGAGGUGUCGGGAGAGCGGGGCGCCGCGCAGCUCAAGGCCAAGGGCCAAGAGCUGGAAGUAGAGCUGUGUUCUCUUCCCGCAGGUAGAUUUUACCAACAUGCCCCCACUGAGACUUCCCAAGCCACCCUAGCCAGCGUGUCUCCUGUUUUUGCCGUGAUGAAGUUUGACAAAAAGGGAAAUACUACCUAUUUUGAAAAAAAGAAAACAGAAUUGUACCAGGAGUUGGGUCUUCAAGCUCGAGAUCUAAGAUUUCAACAUGUGAUGAGCAUUGCAACCAGGAACAACAGGAUCAUCAUGAGAAUGGAGUUCUUGAAGGCUGUCAUAACACCAGAGUUUCUUCUGAUACUAGAUUAUCGUAAUUUAAGUCUGGAACACUGGCUCCUCAAUGAACUAGCAUCUCAGCUGGCUGGGGAAGGUCAACUAGUCACAUAUUCCCUGCCCUUUGAAUUCCGAGCCAUAGAAGCAAUCCUGCAGUACUGGAUCAGCAAACUGCAGGGAAGACUUAACACUUUGCAGCCUCAGAUCCUUGAGACACUGGAAGCCCUAGUGGAUCCCAAGCUUUUAUCUGUGGAUAGGAGUAAACUACACAUUCUUCUGCAAAAUGGAAAGAGCUUGUCAGAACUUGAAACAGAUCUUAAAGUUUUCAAAGAAACAAUUCUGGAGAUCUUAGAUGAAGAAGAAGUAAUAGAAGAACUUUGUCUCUCUAAAUGGACUGAUCCACAAGUAUUUGAGGAGAGUACAUCUGGGAUUGACCAUGCAGAGGAAAUGGAGCUGCUGUUGGAGAAUUAUUACAGACAAGCAGAAGAUCUUUUAAAUGAAGCUCGUGAACUCAGAGUACUGAUUGAUGACUCAGAAAGCAUCAUCUUUAUCAACCUGGACAGCCACCGUAAUGUGAUGAUGAGGCUGAACUUGCAGCUGACCAUGGGGACUUUCUCUGUCUCUCUCUUUGGACUCAUAGGAGUUGCAUUUGGUAUGAACUUGGAGUCAUCUCUUGAAGAGGACCCCAGGAUAUUUUGGUUGGUGACAGGGAUUAUGUUUCUGGGAAGUGGUCUCAUCUGGCGGCGCUUACUUUCCUUCCUUGGGCGGCACCUGGAUCCUCCACUACCUCCUCACGUUCCUCCAGUUUUGAAAAAAUCCCAACCAGCAGCUGGAAGAGUGGAGAUAAAGACUAGCCUUAAAGGAGAAACAUUUGGGCUGAGCAGAAGCACAAUAACAAACCAGUAGGAACAGCAGAAAUGAAGAGACUUUUGUUGUUAGAGGGUGGACUUUGGACACUUUCCUUGUAUUUGUUCUUCCUUACUGAAAACUGCAAGAAUUUCUAAACUUACUAAUUUAAUAUAUAUUUUGUGCCAAAAACCUACAAUGAAAUUUUUAAUGCUCAUGCACAUAAGGAGAGACACAAGGGAAAAUACCAAAAUGCUUUCUUACAGUAGUUUCACUUCCAGCUUGUGCGUGUGCCUUUAGUUUUCUGUAUCACAUACAUGUACUUACUUUUUGGGCAUUCUCAUUUUUAGUAUUUCUGUCAAAUGCUGCUUUGCUUAAUGACCUUUCUUACAGAGAACAUAAUUUUUGGCUUAAAGAAGGACAGCAGUCAGCACUGAUCAAUAAUUCUUGUUCUGAACUGCAGAUUUAGAAAUCUGACUUCAAAGAAAAAUCAAUCCACCCCAAGAGUGGCUUCUUUAAUGGAUUUUUAAGGCCCUAUUUAAUUGCAGAGAACACAUUUUCCAAAGUAAAAAGCUUACCUGCAUCUCUCGUGAAGCAUGACUUCUAGAUUGGCAGCAGUGAGAAAAAAGGAGCAAUAAAAGGCUUUGAAUUGUAGCUGCUAAUCUUGUAUAUUCCUUAUCGAUUAAUUUAGGCCCAAAACAGCAGUUCUAGGAACGGGGCAAGCAGGCCUAUGGAUAAUGCCCACUUGCACUUUCUGUCUGACACUAUUUCAACACACAUUGAUACAGCUGCAGUUUAACAACUCCUUGUGUUUCCAUAAUUGAAAUUCUGGUAAAAAUCAGCAGAUGGAUUGUUGGUUUUUCUUAAGGUGGGCUCUGCUUUCUCUCUUCCGUCCAAGACAAAGCAUGGACUAGCCUGCACCACAGUAAGUAGCCAGGUUAGUUAAAGGUGUGGAAGCCUGAUGUCCUGUGAUGGGCUGAAGGAAGGAGUAAAAGCCUUAUGCCAACUAUUUCUGUUUGUUCUUAAGACUUUUCUUUAAGGAUGUAGUUCUCCACUGCUUUCUCUCAGGUUGUAGAGGGAGCAUGAAAUGUGUCUAAAUCACGUCACACGCUGUCCAUUUCUUCUUUGGGAUUUUUUAAUCUAUCUGUAACACAGCAGCUCCUUAGGUGCCACCACAUAAAUCAUUAUACUGGCAGGGGUUGAAAAGACAGUAGCCAUAACUGUGAACAUUCUUCUCAGGACUAAUGAGUCAAAGAUGGAAAAAAAAAAGGUUGAUAAAUUAAAGUUGUCCAAGCCUGUGAUUCUGGUUUGGUGAAAGGCAGUUGUACAUAGUUAUUUUCCACCAGUUCUUCUGUGCAUGACUUCAAGUACAGAUACUAAUGGCAUGGAAGGUGAGAAAGAUAAUGGGACUUGUAAUGCUUUUGAGUUUUUUGGUUGAUUUUUUUUGCAGCCUUCAAUCUUAGCAGGUAAAGUGGUAAAAAAAUCUCCAAACUGAGCAAUCCAAUGGAAAAAAACAAUGGCUCACAUACCUCGGCUGAUAAACCCCAGGAAUCUCAGUGUGUGAAGGGGGAUGGAUGAUGUUUUUAAAUGAACUGUAGUUACUUUAGGCCAGAACUGAUACGUGUUGGUGCAUCAGUUUGAGAAGCUUUCUUGUAAGCUUUUUUGCAGGGAGGCUUCUGUGAACUCCUUUUGACUCUUUACCUGUACAUAACUGACUCAAGUGCAAUAAAAACAUGUAGACACAUCUUC